AUGUCACAAUUAACUCCUAUUGCUACUUAUAACUUGGCACUUAUGCCAUUCCAGCCACUUCCAGCUAUUGAAGAGGAUUUCCCAGUAACUAUUAGGCUUACUUUGGCUUCUUUGGACCCAGAAGCAGUGGAUGAUAAUGCAGAACCUUCUACAUUGAGAAUAUUGAAAAAGACAGUUUUUGGCGAUGAUGAAGAUGAAGAUGAAGAUGAUGAAGAUGAUGAAGAUGAUGAAGAUGAAGAGGAGGACGAGGAGGACGAAUUAGAUGACGAAGAGGAGUCCACCAAGAAAUCAAAUGGUUCGAAGGAUGAUGAAGAUGAGGAAGACGAGGAAGAUGAAGAUGUUGAGGGUGAUGUUGAGGGUGAUGAUGAUGACGAAGACGAAGACGACUUGGACGAAGACAUUUCUGAGUUUGUUGUUUGUACUUUGUCCCCUAAACAUCAAUACCAACAAACCCUUGACCUCACCAUUACUCCAGACGAGGAAGUGUACUUUGUAGUCACAGGAUCGUACCCAAUUCAUUUGACUGGUAACUAUAUCGAGCACCCAGCUGACGAAAGUGACGAAGAGGAUGAGGAGUAUGGUGAUUACGAUGAUGAAUAUGACUUGUCCCCUGAUGAGGAUGAGAUUAUCCAUGGAAUUGAUUUGAACGAGGAUUACGAUGACGAAGAAGAAGACGACGACGACGACGAAUACGAUAGAGAAGAGUCUGCAGAGCCAGGAAAGAUUCAGGAAAUACAGGACGAAGAGGAAGCUACUGCCAAUGGUGAGCAAGCCUCCAAGAAAAGAGCUUUGCCUGAGGAAGAGUCAAAAAAGUCAAAGAAGGCAAAGAAGAAUGCCGCAAAGAAAGAAGAAAAGAAGUCUGUUCAAUUCUCUGAGAAAUUGGAACAAGGCCCCACCGGGUCCACCUUGGCUAACGAAACAAAGGAAAAGAAGGAUGCAGGAUCUGAUAAAUCCACCAAAGACAAGAAGUACCCAACAAAGACAUUGUUAGGAGGUGUCAUCACCGAGGACAGAAAAACUGGUUCUGGCCCCACUGCAAAAUCUGGAAACAAGGUUGGUAUUAGAUACAUUGGAAAGUUGAAAAAUGGUAAGGUUUUUGACAAAAACACAUCAGGCAAACCGUUCAGUUUCAAAUUGGGUAAAGGCGAAUGUAUCAAGGGGUUUGAUCUCGGAGUUACAGGUAUGAGUGUGGGAGGUGAAAGAAGGGUUGUCAUUCCCGCCAAAAUGGGUUACGGAUCUCAAGCUUUGCCAGGAAUCCCGGCCAAUUCAGAGUUGACUUUCGAUAUCAAAUUAGUCUCUUUGAAAUAG